GCGGUGGACCUGCGCUUCUCCAUUGACGUCUGUCGCGAGUUUUCCCGUCUAGUCCAACAUGCCUGCAGCUACCGUCGGGCCCCCGGCCUCCAAGAAGAGAAAGAAUGUCAAAGAGAGUGCUGUGCCGUCGUCAAAACGGCGUGCCGUCGCUGAAACCGAGUCCGUCGAUGCGACCGCCGAGAUCCAACGGCUCGAAGACCAAAUCUCCGAAUCGCGAAAGCACUACAACAACAUCGCAACCCUGAUCUCGAUGCUCUCCACCCAGGGGUCUGCCAAACCGAAUGUCCCGGCUGCAUUGGCGCUGUGUCGUGUGUUCAGCCGACUGAUUGCGGGAGGGAAUUUGACCGAGUCAAGCCGCGCCGCAGAGAACGAGAAGAUCAUCGUUGCGUGGUUGAAAGAGCGUCUCAGGGAAUACCAAAAAGAGCUGCUGUCGAUCAUCCGCGAGAGUGAUCCCUCGUCGCAGAUCACCGCCUUGACCUUGUGCCUCUGCAUUGUCAACGAGCGUGCCACACAUCUGCCCGGAGACGACGGCAUUUGGUUGACGGGUCUGUUCAAAAAUGUUGUCGAGGCUGUGGUGGAGGCCAACAACGGCCAAGCGGUCCUCUCCGAGUUCAUCUCGAAGGCCAAGGAGUUUGAGGACGUGCGCUACUAUACCUUCAUUCAACUCGCUCAAUACGCCAGCGUCCCCCGCAGCUCGCAAACCAUCGACACCCUUACCACGAUCCUCUCCGCAUGCGACUCAAUCCCCACGCCCGAACACGAGUUCGAGAGCUUCUACACGAAAACCAGCAAGAACAACAAGCGAGUGGUGUCGGUCAAGUCUCACAAGAAGCACGCGCAGGAAGCGUGGCUGGCGAUCCUGCGCAACAACCUGUCGCAAGCGCAGCGCAAGCACCUGCUGCGCAUCAUGGUGCACAACAUCGAGCCGUGGUUCCUCCGGCCUGAACUCCUGAUGGACUUCUUGACCGACUCCUACAACGUGGGCGGAGCGACCUCGCUGCUCGCGCUGUCGGGCCUGUUCUACCUCAUCCAGGAGAAGAACCUGGACUACCCGCAGUUUUACCCGAAGCUGUACAGUCUGCUGGAUGCCGACCUGCUGCACUCGAAGCACCGCUCGCGCUUCUUCCGGUUGAUGAACACCUUCCUCGCCUCGACCCAUCUCCCCGCCGCCCUGAUCGCCAGCUUCAUCAAGCGCCUGUCGCGGCUGGCGCUCAACGCGCCCCCGACGGCCAUCGUCGCCAUUGCCCCCUUCGUCUACAACCUCCUCAAGCAGCACCCGACCUGCGCCUUCAUGCUGCACCGCCCCGUCAGUGACGCGGACCGCGCCGCCAUCCUCGCCGCCAAGGGCAUGGACGACCCCUACGACCCGCGCGAGCCCGACCCCAUCCGCACGCGCGCCAUCGACAGCAGUCUCUGGGAGCUCGAGACCCUCCAGUCGCACUACCACCCCAACGUCGCCGCCAUCGUCCGCAUCCUCGCCGAGCAGUUCACCAAACAGUUCUACCACCUCGAGGACUUUCUGGACUACACGUACCAGGGCAUGCUGCAGGCCGAGUUGGGCACAGAGGACAAGCCGUUCAAACGCGUCCCCGUCGUCGAGUACCAAAUACCGCGUCGGAUCUUCACGAAUCGCCUGCUGGAAGAAGACGGGGGCCAGGACACUGCACCGGGCAGCCUGCUCCGAGAAUUGUGGGAGUUUGCAUAGGUGUGGAUCUGCUUGGCGCACGGGGUUGUUACGACUAGAAUACCUUCUACCUUUUCACUUACUGUACAUAAUUUAGCGACUCUUUUUUUUUCAAAGAUUUCC